AGAGAGACCGGUGGUGAUUGAAUACGCACCGUAUGAACCGGAUUCGGUCCGCGAGAGUCCCAAGGAGAGAAAGGGGAUGGAUUAUGUGUUCAAGAUGGUAGUGAUCGGCGACUCUGCGGUCGGCAAGUCGCAGCUGCUGUCGCGAUUCUCGAAGAACGAGUUCAGCGCCGACAUCCGGGCCACCGUCGGAGUCGAGUUCCAGACCAAGACGGUCCGCAUCGACGAUAAGCUCGUCAAGACCCAGAUCUGGGACACGGCCGGGCAGGAGCGGUACCGGGCCGUCACCGGCGCCUACUACCGCGGCGCCCUGGGCGCGCUCAUCGUCUACGACGUGACCAAGCACCCUAGCUUCGACCACAUCCCCCGGUGGCUUGACGAGCUCCGCCACCGGGCGGACCCCAACGUGGUCAUCAUGCUCGUCGGCAAUAAGUGCGACCUCGAGGGGCUGAGGGCGGUGCCGACGGAGGCCGGGAAGAAGCUGGCGGAGAGGGAAGGCCUGCUGUUCCUGGAGACGUCGGCGCUGGACGCGACCAAUGUGGAGAAGGCCUUCCACAUGGUUCUGGAGAGGAUUUAUCAGCGGGUGAGCAGGAAGUCGCUCGGCGGUGCCGAUGGCGAACGGGGGUUCAACUCCUCCCUCGGCGGGACAGUGCUGGAUGUCAAGGUCGGUCAGCAGAAUACUACUUACCGGUGCUGCUCACAACAGUAGGAGCACUUGGGACUCUCUCUCUCUCUCUAUCUCUCUCUCUCUAGGGUGAUCAGCAAGCUUUCUUGAUGACUGGGAUGUACUAGGAACUCGCUACAGAUCAUGACAACAAUUGCUUACAUCAUUUUAUAGUUUAUAGUUCAUCAUUGAGAACUAA